ACCACCAUUUAGAUGUAUGUAUACAAAUAAUCUUACAUAUAUAUAUCAUGAUGGUCUCACCUGCCGCCUAACGGCGGCUGUUAGAACACGUCUAUCGCCCACCUUUCUGUUUGGCAUUCUUGAAUUGAAUUUCUCAACCUCUCUCUCUGAUUUCUUCAAACCCAAAACAAAAAUCAUCGUUUUCUACCAAUCCAGUCAAAACCCAGCAAUUAUAUAUCUUAUAACUGCAUUUAAAAAUUCAUGUUAUUGGUUUUAUUUUUUUGUUUUAAUUUGAACAUUUGUAUAAUCAGCAACAAACUGAAACUAUUUGCUCCUCCUUUCAUUUUCUCAUUCUUGAGAGGCUUACCUGCCUUCCUUCCUUCCUUGGUUUGGAUUUUGCCUUUUGAUUUCCUACAAUCAUCGUCUCUGAUAUCGAUUAGUUCUCUAACAACUAGUGGUUCAUGGCAGUCUCGCCACAGGCUUUCCCUCCAAGGAAGCGCCGGCCUUCUGCGGGGUCGUUCGUGUCGCCCAACUUCUCCGACCAAAAACUGCUUCAAUCUCUCUUGUUUCUCUCUCAAGAAAUCUCAUCUCUACAACCCCUCCCUGUUAUUCUCAAGAAACAAUCAUCUUCAAUCCUUCGCAAAACGAAGCUACUGGCCGUCCUAUUUGAAGAAUUUCUCCGCAAUAAUCUGGUUACUGGAUGUUUUCCACCUUCGGCCAUAUUAUGCUUCGACGAAUUGUACAUAGUUCUGCAACGAAUCAAGACUUCGAUCGAAGAUUGCUCCAACGGAAGCAAGAUGUGGCUUCUCAUGCAAAAUGAACUGAUCGCCAACACUUUUCACGAGCUCACCGUCGAGUUGUCGACUCUUCUAGAUAUUUUUCCAGUCAAAGAAUUGAAUUUAAGCCAAGAUGUUGAAGAAUUGGUUGCCUUGAUCAGAAAGCAGUGCGUCGACACAAAGGGUAAUUAUAUAGAUCAAGCUGAUAAUAUUCUUAGACAUGAGGUUUUGAAAAUGCUGGACAGAAUCAAGAGCGAGAUUGUUCCAGAACAUUCCAAGCUCGCGGAAAUUUUUGAUAAAUUACAUUUACGCGAUACGACCAGCUGCAGAGAAGAAAUUGAGAGCCUGGAAGAUGAAGUUCAGAAUCAAACUACUGUGAAAUCCAAAGGUGAUGUGAUUUCGCUGAUCGGACUCGUUCGUUAUGCAAAAUGCGUACUCUACGGAGCGUCGACGCCAAGAACCACCCCCAGCAGGCGGCGGAAAAUGUCUGCUGACCUCUCUUUGCCAGCGGACUUCCGGUGUCCGAUAUCUCUUGAUUUGAUGAGAGACCCGGUGGUGGUGUCCACGGGACAGACCUAUGAUCGGCCGUCCAUCAGUCUUUGGCUCGAAUCAGGACACAAAACGUGUCCAAAGACAGGUCAGACAUUGGCCCACACGGAGCUCAUACCCAAUUGCGCUUUGAAGAACUUGAUAACCAUGUGGUGCCGAGAACAGAGGAUCCCAUUCGAUUCUCCGGGCAAAAAUAUAAAAUCAAGAGGCUUAGUAAUGAACAAGACGGCGUUAGAGGCUACAAAGAUGACGGUGUCAUUUUUGAUCAACAAAUUAAUGGUCUCACAAUCAGUGGACACGACGAAUCGUGUGGUUCACGAGCUUCGGGUGUUAGCAAAGACAGAUUCGGACAAUCGAUCCUGCAUUGCGGAAGCUGGAGCUUUGCCUCUGCUCGUCAAACUCUUAGGGUCGGAGCAUCACAACUUACAAGUUAAUGCCGUUACGACGAUUCUUAACCUUUCUAUUAUGGAAGCCAAUAAAACACGAAUCAUGGAGACUGACGGAGUGUUGAACGGCGUUAUUGAGGUGUUAAGGUCAGGUGCCACCUGGGAGGCCAAGGGGAACGCGGCGGCAACCAUAUUUAGUUUAACAAAUGUACACGCUUACAGGAAGAAAUUGGGUCAAAAGACACGUGUCAUUAAAGGAUUGAUGGAUUUGGCUAGGCAUGGAACCGCCAGUUCAAAGAGGGAUGCUUUGGUGACAAUUUUGAAUUUGGCGGGAGAUAGGGAGACCGUUGGUAAAUUGGUCGAGGGAGGGGUGGUGGAGAUGGUUAGUGAUGUUAUGGAUGAGUUACAGGAAGAGGCUGUGACAAUUUUGGAAGUGGUGGUGAAAAAGGGUGGAUUGGUGGCAAUUGCUGCUGCUUAUCAUAUGAUUCAAAAAUUGGCUAGGGUCUUAAGGGAAGGUACCGAUAGGACUCGAGAGAGUGCCAUGGCAACACUUGUAAAUAUUUGUCGAAAGGGUGGUUCUGAAACUGUGGCUGAGCUUGCGGCUAUUCAGGGGAUUGAGAGAGCGAUAUGGGAAGUCAUGGGGAUGGGAACAGGGAGGGCUAGAAGCAAGGCAGCGACACUAUUGAGGAUCUUAAGGAGAUGGGCAGCUGGUUUGGAAAGUGAAGAAACAGCUCGGUACUCAAAUGUGCAUAUGAAUUCAACAAGGAUAGUAUUGCCAGGGUGACUGUUGUAUUUAUUAUUUCUUUAUUUCAAUUGUAGUUUGGCCAUGGUAGAUUCAUUUGUUUUACUCAAGCCCAUUGCAUUGAUUUUAAUUUUAAUUUUAAUUUUUUUUUCAUGUUUUAGUGGCACCAACUCAUGCCAAAUAUGUGGCAAAUCUUUCAAUUUCGGGCAAUACACAUUGCAUACAAAGUGAAGCAUAAACAUUGUUCAGUUCAAUAUCUUCGGUUACUAUUUUGGGUCGAGGGUUUUAAUAGAAUUGGAACCAUUUUUAGUUGUGAUUUUUCUUCCGUGUGUGCUAUGCUCCCAAGAUUAACUGAAAAUGAUCUCUUGUAACUCAUCAUGCGCCAUAAAUUGUACUAAGGCGACCGUUCAAGGGCCCCUAUCUUUACGACCUGAGCUUAAGCAAAUCAAGGGUUGGCAGCAGGAGAAGUGAAAGCUUGCCGAUAGCCCACGAAUUCUAUUCUAGUAUUUCCUCCAUUAUUUGUUUGAGCUCGUUCAAGGCCUUAAAGAAUCUACUCUUACUGUGACAUGAGCAUUGCAUUAGAGCUCUCAGUGACAAUGGAAGUUUGAGUGUGCCUAUUUAUUUUCGUAUCCAAACCAAAUAUCCACAACCUGAAAUGGCAUUGAAUUUGUUGGCGGUGGCUCAAAUUUCUGUCUGAUUGGAUAAAUUUUUUCGGCAGAAGGAUUAAGGAUUUUGGUGCUAGUUUUCUUGAACAAAAAGAAAAAUUUUUGAUUGGUUAAAAAUGGAGAAAAAACUGUGGGGGCUAAAUGAAGUUGCUUUGGCAUUCUUUCUAGCUAAGGAACUCAAGCUCAUUGGUGAAGAAACAUGGCAUCUGGAGGUUCCUUUUGUAAGUGGUUGGGUGAUAUCAUUACUAAAAGUUUAUUGGAGGAUGCAAGUGGCAAGAGGUGAUCUUGUGCUAGACGCAUGGACUGGAAGAAAAGUUUGGGAUGAUGCUGAGCCAUGUGAAUCGGAUAGAUGAACUCCACCACCUCUAGAAAUGCGAAGGAAUUCAUUUGUCACCGCCUUGAAAUGUCUAUAUAUUGCACGAGUUUUUUGGCUUCAAAUGCAUCCGAAAGUUGUAAUACUUUAAUUUAUUUUUUCUCUUAUUUGAGAGGUUUUUUAACUGAAUUUUGAGAGGGUAAGAUUGAGUGAGUUAUCCAAGGGAUUAAGGGCUUGGGUUUGAGAUUUAAGUUUGAGUGGUAAGGCUUAUACCGUUGUAAGGAGAGGAACAUCUUAUCAUUAUGUGAAAGAAAUCUGG